AAGAAAAUCACUGAAUGAAUAAUAACGUUAUACAUGUCCAUUUAUAUAUAGGCCAGACCUCACACUCCAUAUAUAAUCAGUUAUAGUCAUACAUUAACAGCACAUUUCAUCAAUAACACAUUAUAGAUGAGUGUAAUUACAGCAGAAAAAGACAUUAGGAAUAAUCUUCUUACAAAAACAGCACAACAACAUACACAUUAUGAAACCAUGUGUAAUUUUUAAAUAUAAUGUGUAUAGGUGAGAAUCAUUUAUUGUAGUUGCUAUUAAAAUAAUAUCAGCGUAAUGCAGGUUACAUGAGGUCAUGUCACUGUUACAUAAUGAAUGUGUUCAACACUCUUCUCACGUCACCCGACAGUCACGUUUUAUAGCUCAGUGCUCCAGCUCAGCCAAUCAGAGACGAGAAUGAGAUUGACGCGAUUACUUAGAGCCGCCUUGCGUUUCCAUAAAAGGAAUCAGUCAGGAGCGCAUGCGUUUCCAUCCAUACAACAGAACUGCGGUAAGCACCGCCUCCUGUGAUGCGAUUGGUCAGUCUGAGGGUUUGGUAGUUUGUGAUUGCAUGAGCUCAAGAGUCAAUCACGUGGCUGUGAGCGUGUUUUGCGUGACGGGUUUGAGCAGGGCGUCUGACCGACCCGACGUACCCAAAAAUCGGCAAAUAACGGUGAAAAUCGCCGCUGUGAUCGAUCUCACUGACCGGGUUUGUGGAGGAGCGCGGAUAUACCGGGUUUUGAGCCGUCAUUCACCGGGAUUCCCUCCGGAUGAGCGGUCGGUCAUCGGCGCUCACACGUGUUCAAGCCGGUUCGGAGGAGGAGGAGGAAGAGGAUGAAGGGUGAAGCACACCUGAGGGCGAUGGGCAGAUUUAAAAACAGACGGAUGGAGAAGUCCAAGAAGGACUCGGAGAGAGAUUCAGGCUUCUCAGACAGCAGUGCGGUGGAUCAGACAGAUGCAGAUGAUGAUUCUCGUCCGCAUACGUCGCAGCUUACUGCUGUGGUGGGCGGAGCUCUGCAGGGCUUGCAGCCAAUGAUCAUCAUGAACAAUGUUGUUCUUAAUCAGCCUUCUGAAAGCUCUGCUUCUUUGAAGCCAUGGUUCAGUCCUGCAGUGGAGGUCCUCCAGCAGCCGCAGGUGGUGUUCCUUCAGCCCGUGGUCCCACAGAGAAGCUCAAACACACCCAAAACUCAACUCUCCAAACGCCGGCGGCACAAGAAGUACCUGCCAAUCCUCAAAUCAUACGCCAGAAUCGCUCCUCAUCCACACAAGAGCUCCACUAGCAGCUCAGUGUCCAGCUCCAGCUCCACUUCCUCCAUCAGGAGCUCUGCCUCCAAUCCUACCGAACACAGGCAAACGGACGCUACACCACCAGUUGCUUCUGUACAUCCACAAAACACGCCUGCAGAUGGCGCUAAAGACACAGAAUGCAUGCUCGCAUCUCAAACAGCAGAAUGCACGCUAGCAUCUCAAUCCACAGAGCGCACACUAGCAUCUAAAUCUACUGAAUGCACGCUAGCAGCUCAAUCCACGCUAGCAAUACCGCUCCAUUCUGAAACGGAAAGUAAAACCAAACGUUUCUGCAACACCUACAACAUCCUGAGUAAAUCCGGUCUGCUGGACAUCACGCUGCGCACCAAAGAGCUAAUCCGGCAAAACCGGCGCACGCAGACGGAGCUGGACCGCCUGCGCAAACACACAGAGCUGUUUCUGGAGGCGCUGCAGACAGGGGACGCGGAGAUCUGGAGCCGGCUGCAGACGGACAUGGAGACCCACACAUCAUCAUGAUGAAGAUGAUGACGGUUGGUCUCGUGUCCUGACUAAAUGUGUACAAAUUAUUCAAUCUAGAAGCGUUUUGUUGAGGAGGAGGAGUUCUUGUUUUCUGAAAUGAGUUAAAUGAAGUGUGUUUUAGUUUAAACCAGCUAUAUAAUCUGCCAAUGGGGGAAGCAGAAUUAUCAUAUUUCAACAACAUUAUUCUGCUUCCCCCAUUGGCAGAUUAUUCUGCAUGAAUUAAGGAGAAACCCUCUUCAUUUCUGAAAACAACACUCUAUUCUCUGCUUGUCUAGAAAGUGCUUCUUGUUUAAAGAGUUUGUUGAUAUCUAGACUAGAAACAAGACAAAACUGUAAGCAAGAGAAGCAUUUUUACAGUGUACGUCCAUGACUGAGACUCCUGGAUCGAUUCUGAUAUGUUUCUGAAUGCAUCGUGACUCUUUAGAUUGGUGUUCUAGUAUAGAAGGUCGAUAUUGUACGCAAAAUAAUAAUAUAAUAGUAUAAUAAUGAUAAAACCGACAAUCAGUUUGUGCAAUGACGUAUUACAGUAGCAUGUGUGCAGUACAGUAGUGCAUUGACGAGUCUGUUU